AUGCGUUCCCACUCAGUCCUCGCGGUCCUUGCGACCUUUUCCACUUCUCUUGCGGCUCCCGCUCCCGCCCCCGCCCCUGAGGCAGAUGAGCAUGCCGCAAUCGCACCAAGAGGCGCGAUGCAGCCUUACAAUGAUUAUGAUAUCCUCAACUUUGCUUUGUCGCUCGAGUACCUUGGAAGAGCAUUCUAUACGCAAGGUCUGAACAACUAUUCCAUGGAAGACUUCUGCAACUGUGGCUUUGAUCCUUCAGUGUACGAGAACCUGCAAAAGAUUCUAGUCGAUGAGCAGAACCACGUUGCAUUCCUGGAGGCAGUUCUGGAGGAGGACGCUGUAUCUGAGGCAGCGUACCAAUUCCCCAGCACCGAUCCUGUUACAUUCAUCCAAUUCGCUGCCAUUUUGGAAGGCGUUGCCAUUUCAGCCUUCUCUGGCGCUGCUGCCGCUGUCCUCCCUUUCUACUACGACUCCAAGGUGAAGAAGCGUGCGGCCGAGGCCGAGGCACGUGGAGAGCCUGUCGUAGAGAAGCGGUUCCCCUUGGAUGGUGAUUAUGACUACUUGAACGGAUUUGUGAUGGCUAUGGACGGCAUCCUCGGCGUUGAAUCUCAGCACGCCAGCUACAUUCGCUACGUCGCCGGCUAUCCGUCCUUCCCCAACAGCUUCUCGACGCCGCUCACCCUGAAUGCCACCUGGUCCAUCGCCACCGAGUCCAUCAAGGUCUGGCCGGCUGGGAACCAGCUGCCUUUCACGGCCUAUCCCACGCUGACCCUCGCGCCGCAAGAGGACGUCUACAUCCCCGGCGUGUCCAAUGUCACGUUCCUGAAUGCCUACUCGAACGCCCUGAACGCCGGCCUCAUCAGUCAGGGUGACCCGGUGUAUGCAGUCUUCUUCUCCGGGUUGAACCAGUAUUACACACAAACCACCGUUGCUGCCAACAACCGAGACUUGACUGCCACAAUCCCUACAACCCCCGCCGAGAACGGCUUCCAGUACAUACAGGCCCCUCCUUCGGGACAGGUCUACGUGCUGCUCAGCACCGCCGAUGGCGUGAACGCCCUGAUCGAGAACUCCAACACCCUCUCUGGAGUCGGCAUUCUCGAGGUCGAGGCGGCCCCUGCCCAGGGACCCAACCCGCCGAUCCUUGGCAACACUGAGAAUAUCGGAAAGCCCGCACCCAAGGACGCCAAGGCCUCCAAGGGACCUCAGGGUCCCCAGGGCAAGAAGGAUUCGUGA